UUCCCACCCAGGGACACUAAGCACCCGGCGCCUGCGGACGUCGCAGGUGUCGCAGGGGCAGGUCUCAGCCGGCUGCCUGGCCCGGGAACGCUUCCUCUUUGGGCUCUCGACUCGGAGCGGAAGGGGCGGGACGUCGGCGACACCUAGGAGCUGGUGGUCCAGUUUUCGAGGCCCAGCCGGAGGACCGUCAGAGGCGCCACCCAAGAGACCCUGGGUCGGUGCCAGGCGCAGCUGCUUCGCGGCGUUUGCCUGUCUUUGUGUCUGUCUUUGUGUGUGUCUGGCUGUCUCCGGGCUUGCCCACACUUCUAGAACUAAGCUUCCUGGACGCCGACAUCCCGCGAACCCGAACCACUUUCCCAUGGCAGGCUACUUACCCCCCAAAGGCUACGCCCCUUCACCCCCACCUCCCUACCCUGUAACCGCUGGGUAUCCGGAGCCAUCACCGCAUCCUGGGCCCGGGCAGGCGACACUGCCCGCCCACGUGCCUGCCCCUGCACCAGGCUUUGCUCUCUUUCCCUCAGCCGGCCCCGGAGCUCCAGGGCCUGCUGCCCCGUUCUUGCCACUGCCUGGGGUGCCUUCUGGCCUCGAGUUUCUGGUGCAGAUUGAUCAGAUCUUGGUUCAUCAGAAAAUUGAGCCAGUUGAAACAUUCCUGGGUUGGGAGACCUGUAACCGGUAUGAACUGCGCUCAGGGACUGGACAGCCUCUGGCUCAGGCAGCUGAGGAAAGCAACUGCUGUGCCCGUCUGUGCUGUGGUGCCAACCGACCACUUCGUGUCCGUCUGGUGGACCCCGGGGACCGAGAGGUCCUGCGCCUGCUCCGCCCCCUUCACUGUGGCUGUAGCUGCUGCCCAUGUGGCCUUCAGGAGAUGGAAGUACAGGCUCCCCCCGGCACCACCAUUGGCCAUGUGCUGCAGACCUGGCAUCCCUUCCUCCCCAAGUUCUCCAUCCAGGAUGCAGAUCGCCAGACUGUCCUGCGAGUGGUAGGGCCCUGCUGGACCUGUGGCUGUGGCACAGACACCAACUUUGAGGUGAAGACUCCAGAUGAAUCCCGCAGUGUGGGCCGCAUCAGCAAGCAGUGGGGAGGGCUGCUCCGAGAAGCCAUCACAGAUGCAGAUGACUUUGGCCUGCAGUUCCCACUAGAUCUGGAUGUGAGGGUGAAGGCUGUGCUGCUGGGAGCCACAUUUCUCAUUGACUACAUGUUCUUCGAGAACCAAGGAGGUGUUAGGCCUUCUGCCAUCAGCAGUUAGAGACCACCUCCAGGGAGGAGCCCAUCGCCUCAACCAGAAUUCAAGAUGGUUGCCUGCCCUGGCCUGACCCCUCAGAGGCAGCCCCUCUCCUCUAUGUACACUGCAGGGGACAGACAGGGAUGCCUGAGGCCUGGGGGCUAUAUGCCCCAUCCCUGUCUUACUCCCCUGGCCUGCUUCACCUGUAGCCCCACAGAGGGUAUGUAUGAAAGCCUUCCCCUGCUGCUUCCUACCACUGUCUCUGGGAGUCCUCAGCACCCAAGCAUAUUGGCUUUCAGACUUUCCCAGUUCCCUUCAUCCCACCCCCUUCCAGGGCCUCUGCUCCAAAGAACACCUUUGGAAUUUAGGGCUCUGUGGUUUUAUGACAGGGCUGUAGUGGGGAAAGGUAGCCUCACCAAAGAUGGCACAUGGCCACCCUUCCUUAACAUCAGCUUAGCCAACUAGUUCAGCCUGAGACCAUGGCACUCUAAGGGAAUCCCCACUUGCCCAACAGCUGUAGAGCCCAAUCAGUUCCCAGUGCCAACCUCCCCUCCCCCUUUGAGCCCUUCCUACAGCUGGUGCUUGCGCAGCUUCCUGUGCCUUACUUAACCACUACUUCCUUCCCUUGCCCCAGGAAGGAGGCUGCAUCUUUGUAUGAUAUAUUCAUAUAAACUUUAUAAUUUUUUGGACAUUGGAAGAUGUAUGUAAUAGGGGAGGGUAGGAAAAAAGAGCUGAUGUGGUAAAGGAACAAAGGGAAAUAUUACAGCUGAACUGAGUGGGA